AUGGAGUUGUUACAAUUAGGUAGAAAGUCUAGGAAAUUGGGACUAACUAUAAAGAAGAAUCUCCAUCGCGAUGAAUAUGGCAUGGAUGAUAUGGAUGAGUUCUUUGCUGAUGAUACCCAAUCGCAGAUAAUGCUUAGAGAGCAAGAGGAUAGAGUACUACGACAAGGAGAGGUUUACAAGUCACCUACUUCGUACAAUGUAACAACCAAGAGAAGCAGUGGUGUAAUGGGAGGAGUUGGUGUUAACCGUGGAGGUAGUGAUGGUGUACAUUUACAUAGUGAUCUUCAUCAGGAACUCGAAGCUGUACCAGCAUAUGAUGCAGAAUUUGAAUUAGAAGAUAUUGGUAAUGAUUAUGAACUGGAUAAAGAAGAUCAAUCUCCCUUCAACUAUGUGGCUAGAAAGAUUGAUUUUGACAAUGGUGAUGAAGUUAGAGAUAAAAGUACAUCUGGCCCGAAUCAGGCAACUGGUGCAAACAAACAGUCUCCGUUGCGUUCACCGUUACCUGAGCAACGACAAGCUACCUCCAUUGGGGGAUCACGGGGCACCAGUAUUAUCGAAGAAGAUGAUGAUUAUGACUAUGCGCAACAAGAUAAUAACGAUUUUUAUCAAGAUGAGGGCGAGCUUUUUCAGGAGGAGAGUCAGGUCAUUGAUCCUAUUUUGGGAAAGCAAAAUCAGCGCAACUCGCGUCUGAUUUCACCACCACUAACAUUUGAAUCUGAUUCUUUGCAUUCAAUUCGAGAUACACGGUCUUCAAGACGCACCCGGCAAAGGAAUAAAAGGCGAAGUAGCUUUCUGGAACUGGAGGACAGCACACAACCAUCUGUGUCUGAAUUUCUAGCAGAUACAAAGGACACAGAUGAGGAUGAAGAAGAAGAAGUUAGCGAUGUUGCUGCUUCGACCACCACCGAGCUCUUUGUCCUGUCAUCUUCUUCCUCAACUGAGCCGGGCCAAAGUCAAAUCAAGAAGCGGACUACCAGAUCACGUAAAUCACGAAACACCAGAAACGUAUCACCCACUUACAUCACUGAAGUGCCAACUUUACCAUCUCCGCCUCCUGAAGGUUUACGGAGAUCAAAACGUAUUAGAGUCAAACCAUUGGCAUUUUGGCGUAAUGAAAGAAUCAUAUUUACCAAACCACAUCAGAAAAGACCCGAUGAAGAGGAUGAUGAGGACGAUGAGGACGACGAGCCUGAUAUGACUAUUGUUAGAGAUGUUCACAAGUUACCAUUGAGAUCGAUUGCUGAAGUUGUUCAUGUACCUGACACUAUCCAAAUAUUGACAACACGCCAAAACCGAAGAAGCCGUAAACGAAAGCCAAUGGAUGCACCGAUAUCACCAAUAAGCUCUGACGAACAUGAACAGGAGGAUCAUAAUAGGCUAAGUGCAGAUAUACCUGGAGCGUCAUGGCUCAAGGAUAAAGUUUUGAAAGUGGAUGUACCAGAAAAUGGACAAUUUGUUGAACGAUCGAUUGCAUUUAGCUCUCAAUACGGCGAUUUCCAAGCAAGAACCAUUGUUAGUGACGAUGGCACCACAUCCGAAGAUCCCAAUUUGAGGAUUGCAACCUUGUUCAAUGAUGCACUCGAAAAUUGUGCUGUUGGCAUGAUUGAAUUAAGUGGAGUCAAACCACCAUUAAAGAUUGCAUUCAGUACUUAUUACUUGCUCAUAGUGAAGGGCAUUGUUGAGAUUACAUUUAAUGAAGAGACAUUUGUCGCUAAUAAAGGUUGCAAUGUUUGUAUACCCCUGGGGAACGAGUAUGGAUUAAAGAACUUGGGAAAAGAAGCUGCGCUUAUACAUUUCGUACAAGUUAGGAAAUCGGAGGUGGAGCACGAUUACGAUUAUGAUGAUGAAGAGGAUGUUUCUGGGGUACUGGCAAGCUGA